AUGAAAUACGUAAUAUACAUGGAAGAUGUCUGUAACUUUGCCAUGAUCAGUAAAUACUUUUACCGACUGACAAACACGGACUUUAAAAGUUUGUGCUACAAGAAUGUGGUUUAUCGAUUAGAUAAUGAAACUUGGGCAUCUGCUUUUUCCUUGUAGGUUACUGUAACAUACAUGGCUUGCGAGUUUUGGGAUUGGCUAGUCAAUCAAAAACAGCCAGAUCUUGUCGAAAAGGCCUUUAGACAAUAAUAAUAAUAACCAUGCUCUUCCUGCGCGAAAAUAAAACUUUUUCCUUCAGCCGAGAAUUGGCAGUUUUUACUGACUGUCCUAUCACAACACUAACGCACAAGUAACAUAUAUACAACAAAAUUGAAAAUGGUACUUACUGAAUGAAUAGUACAAGUUUAAAACGGCACACGUCAAUUUAUAUUAUUAUGCAUUCCUUAUCACUUCUUACCCUUAAAAACGCUUUUUAUGUCAUUUCCUCUUUUCAGGACAAAUUACCGUACACUUGACAUAAAACUUAACUCAAUGAGAGGCAUUUCGUUCAGCGAUCGCACGUCUUUUUGCUCCCACACUGGAACGUUGGCAAUAAUAUUAAAGUUAAAACAAGUAUUGGUAACCAAUAUCGACUUUGGAAGGAAAGUUUUUAGAAUUAUCAACUUGGCAAAAGUUAAAGGCCCUUUAGUGAAUAUUCAUCUUAUGAACAAAGCUACACAACUACUACUAGACACCAAGGUGUCGUAUGUUGUAUACGACUUGGUACAGGAAAAGAUAGUUAAAACCUACAGUGCCUUAAGGCAUGAACGUUACAAUGCUUUUACACUGUACUACAAUAGCGGUAUUCUAGUAGACUUGUGUAAUCAGAAAGAUUACAAAUUGGAAUUGGGCCAACAAAUGUGUUCAAUAUCAUGUAGACCUAUAUUAAACACUGAAACACAGGGCUACAGAAAGUAUGUUGGAUACUGGAAAAAGCUCAACGAACUUGUACUAAUAGACAACUCAACCGGCCAAAGGACUGUAAUUUGCACAAUUGACAGUUUGUCUACGAUUUGUAUCUUAGAUAGACUUGAUCAAGUCGUGGAGAUGUAUGCCGUUUUCGAACCACAUAUUGUUUUAUAUAAAUUUACUUACUAAUUUCAUAUACAGUGGAACUCCUGUAUAAAGAAUCGCUCGGGGAUUCGACAUUUGUUCGUUAUACGGGAUUUUCGUUAUAGAGGAGUUCGUUAUACAGGAGUACCACUGUACAUAUAAUUUUCAGACGAUUGUGCGACACAAAUUUACGACAUCAAAACUAG